CUUCCCAGUGUGCGCUAGUUGAUACAUAAAAGUGACUUCCAGUCGAAGGUUAUAUAAGGCCUUAAAAACUUAUAUGUUCAAAUAAAUCAAAUAAUCACCUCCUCCUUGGAAAUCAUGUCGACCUCUGCCACUCAAUUCAGGAGUAAGCAGAUCCGGACUCUUCAAAAAUCAACACAAGCCUCACCAAAUUGAUCGUUUUUAUCGACUUGAAACUAAAAUGAAACUGUUGGGACUUGGGGCGCAGGUUUUGAGGCUCAAAACUGGCGGGCAGAGUCGCUCUGCGAAAACUUGCCCCCCGGAAAUUCGCGAGCCCUUGCCGUGCUGUCCCAAAAAACGCUUUUGGACUUUCAAACGAGUGCUAUGUUUCUCCACGUUAACUUUUGGCGCCGGGGUUUAUACUGGUAUCUAUGUCUCACAGAACUAUGAGGUCCCCCGAGUGGAUGAUCCCCAGAAACUGAUCCAGCGUUUCAACGAGAAACUCAAGGAACUAGUGGAUCAAACCAAGAACAAAUCGGCCGGCGAGAAACUAGUGGAUGACAUAAAAAAGGAGGCCAAGAAGAUUUUAGACGACUGACUGGCGCAAUAAGACCACAUUUUAAGUUUAAACAAAUUUAUCUAUGAUCAAAUAAAGAGAAGUUAAACGUGUAAUACUAGACAAACGAAA